AUGUCUCUUGACUCCUUGCCCAUCGAAGUAAUAUGUCUUAUUGUCUCGUAUCUGCCAUGGCGGAAAAAUAUGCUGCCACUCCUACUAUGCAAUCGUAUGCUUCAUGAUAUCGUGAUUCAUCUCUUGUACAAGGUGGACGAGGAUGAACGCGUACUGACCGGAAAUCGUCCAUUGCGAUGGUUGAUAAAAAGAGGAUUUGAAUCGGGAGUCCAGCGCAUGAUAUCGCGGAACAACCUAGAUGUGAACAUGCCACUGUGCUCCCGGUACCUCACGUCGGCCAACACACCUUUACUCCAUGCCAUCAAAUAUUGUCAUACGAAUAUUGCCGAGCUCCUUCUGCGCAAUGGAGCCCAAGUCAAUCUCGACACAGAUACGUCCGCGUUGCAAUAUUCUGUGACUCUAGGAGACUACAACAUGACCAGGUUACUCCUCCAGCAUGGAGCUCAUGUAGACCUUGUUUCAAGCGGUAUUUGUCCUCUGGGACGUGCUCUGGAAUAUAACGCUCCAUCUCACGAUCAAAAUCCUUGGAGCUCGGAGACAUGGGACAAUCCACCGCCCGAAGGAGACAAGGAGCUUGUCAAUGUGAUCUUGUUGCUGCUGGCUCACGGGGCAGAUCCACAUUUCCAAUAUGGUAAAAGAUUGCCUACCUGUCUACACAGGAUGACUAGGAGGCCAUGGAUUUCGAUGAAGAAACUGUUCCGUCUCUUUCUCGACUAUGGUGCUGAUUUAAAUGCGCGAGACUCGCGAGGAAACACCCCCCUUCAUGUUUCUUUUGUCCAGAACGCCUUCCUAGGAAAUAAGAAGGCCCAAAAAGAAUUUGUGGGAUUGCUUUUGAGAUCUGGUGCCGAUGUUAACAUACAGAACCAUAGAAGAGAGCCACCACUAGGUACCAGAUUUGGGGAUCCGGACAUCUUUGAACAGGCCUUGAAACAAGGAGCAAGUACUCGCUGCCGUGGUGAAAAGGGUGCCAUGGCUCUUCACACGAUUCUGAAAACACGUUUGCGAAAGCAAAAGAACAAAAAGCAACAUCAGAUCAAUACUGUGUUGAUAGAGCUACUCUUGGAGCACGGAGCUCGUGCAGACCAAGUAGUUGAUGGAAAGUGUCUACUGGACUUGCCCGCGGCAAGGAUGUAUCCGGUACUGGAGAAUUUGGUAAAAGUGAGAAUGGCUGCAAGGGAAGUUUCAAGGAAACCUUCAAGCGAAUCUUCAAGCGUAUCUCCAAGCGAAUCUUUCUUCAAGGAAAGCUCCAAGGAAAGCUCCACCAAAGAAGUCAUCUCAGGUGGAAAGUAG